AUGUCCAAGUACAGACUUAUACUGACACCUGGCAAGGGUGCUUGGAACAAGGAGAACAGAUUUUGCAGCUGGGUGGAUCAGAAACUUAACAGCAAAGGACUGAAGGAAGCUCGGAAUUGUGGGAAGCAACUCAAAGCACUCGACUUUGGGUUUGAUCUUGUGUUCACGUCCAUCCUUAAUCGGUCCAUCCACACAGCCUGGCUGAUCCUGGAAGAGCUGGGGCAGGAAUGGGUCCCCGUGGAAAGCUCCUGGCGUCUAAAUGAGCGGCACUACGGGGCCUUGAUUGGGCUCAACAGGGAGAAAUAAAUGGCUUUGAAUCAUGGUGAAGAGCAAGUGAGGCUGUGGGGGAGAAGCUACAAUGUGACCCCGCCCCCUACUGAGGAGUCCCAUCCAUACUACCAUGAAAUCUACAACGACCCGAGGCAUAAAGUAUGCGAUGUUCCCUUGGAUCAGCUGCCUCGAUCUGAAAGCUUAAAGGAUGUUCUGGAGAGACUUCUUCCCUACUGGAAUGAAAGGAUUUCUCCUGAAGUACUGAAAGGCAAGACCAUUCUGAUAUCUGCUCAUGGAAGUAGCAGUAGAGCUCUCCUGAAACAUCUGGAAGGUAUCUCAGAUGAAGACACUAUCAACAUCACUCUUCCUACCGGAGUCCCCAUUCUCCUGGAGCUGGAUGAGAACCUACGCGCUGUUGGGCCUCACCAGUUCCUGGGCGACCAAGAGGCCAUCCAAGCAGCCAUUAAGAAAGUGGGUGACCAAGGCAAAGUGAAACAAACCCAAAAAUAA